GCGCUCGGCGCUCCGUCACAUGGAGCGAUGGAGGAGAUUACUCACGCUCCGUCUGAGCGCCUCUCAGUCCCGAAGAAUCGCGUCUUUUGAUUAGAGGCACGCGGCGGGCGUGAUUACGGCGCGUCUGGGUUAAACUUUUUAAGAUUUGAGUUGGGAGUUGUUUCCAGAACAAGUGUGUCGAGAGCAGCGCGGCGCUCUUGAACGCGUCCCGGAGCAGCAUGGUGCCUCCCGGGUAGGAGCGCAGCGGCGCAAAGGCUCCCGGGCUGCGCUGAGGGAUGGAUGUGAACAGAAACCUCUUCUCCUCGUCUGCCCGUGCCACUGCAGAAGCUCGCCGUCUCCCCCAGCCGCAGCCGACCGGCGACCGCGAUGGACCCGUCCGACCAGAAGCACUUCGGCGUGGCGGACUAUGUGAUAUUCGCGCUCCUGCUGGCCGCCUCGCUGUGCAUCGGGCUGUUCUACGCGCUGUCCGGGGGGCGGCAGCGCACCACGCAGGAGUUCCUGCUGGCCGACAGGAGCAUGCGCUGCCUCCCCAUCUCCCUGUCGCUCAUCGCGUCCUUCCAGUCGGCGGUGGCCAUCAUCGGCGUGCCGGCCGAGAUCUCGGCUCACGGCACCCAGUACUGGUUCCUGGGCUGCGCCUACAUCCUGGGCCUCCUCAUUCCAGCUCAUGUUUUCAUUCCAUUGUUGUACAGACUGCGGCUCUCCAGUGUUUACCAGUAUUUGGAGCUGCGCUUCAGCAAAGUGGUGCGGAUCUGUGGAACCUUGACCUUCAUCUUCCAGAUGGUCAUCUACAUGGCUGUGUGUGUGUACACGCCUGCUCUGGCACUAAAUGCAGUGACUGGAUUUGAGUUGUGGGGCACAGUGCUGGUCACGGGACUUGUGUGCACGUUGUACACAGCAAUGGGUGGUUUGAAGGCGGUGAUCUGGACGGACGUGUUUCAGACCGUGGUGAUGUUCGCCGGGCAGCUGGCGGUCAUCGUGGUGGGAGUGCACCAGACCGGAGGAGUCUCUGAAGUGUGGACGAAAGUCUGGGAAGGAAACCGCAUCUCCGGUUUGGACUUGAACCCGGAUCCCACAGAGCGACACACCUUCUGGACUCUCGGGGUCGGAGGGAUCUUCCUCAUGCUGUCGCUGUACGGGGUGAACCAGGCGCAGGUGCAGCGGUACCUGAGCGCCCGCACCGAGAGGGAGGCUGUCCGGUCGUGCUACAUGGUGUUUCCCUCCCUGCAGCUGGCGCUGGCCCUGGGCUGCGUCACCGGCCUGGUCAUGUUCGCUCGCUACUGCGGAGAGGACCACUCGGGCAAGCUGAGCGGCGUGGCAGGAGAUACGAUGGUGAUAUACUUUGUGAUGGAUAUGCUGCAGGGACUCCCUGGACUGCCUGGACUUUUUGUUGCGUGUUUAUUUAGCGGAGCUCUUAGCACCAUCUCCUCUGCUUUCAACUCCUUGGCCACUGUGACCAUGGAAGACCUCAUCAAGCCACAUUUUCCCUCCAUGACUGAAGCAAGAGCGACAACAGUGUCCAAAGUUUUAGCCUUGUCCUAUGGACUGCUGUGUCUGGCCAUGGCUUAUCUCACUCACCUCAUGGGCGAUUCGGUUUUACUGGUGGCUCUGAAGAUCUUGGGGAUGGUCGGCGGUCCCAAUCUGGGCCUGUUUUGUCUGGGGAUGUUCUUCCCGUGGGCGAACUCCACCGGCGCGGUGGCGGGUCUGGGUGCAGGCCUGGCCGUGGCCUUCUGGGUGGGCAUCGGGAGCAUCGUGACUCGGGCCUCCGGCGGCAGACCGCUGACUCCGGACUGCCGCGCCCGGCCAUCCUCGCUCAACGCCACGUCUCUCGUUGAGGCGUCGUUCAACGCCACCGUCAGCCAGCCGUCCGGACUCAGGAGGUUUUAUUCGCUGUCCUACAUGUGGUACAGCGGAUUCACGUGUUUCACCGUCAUCGUGGUCGGUCUGGUCAUCAGUGCCAUCACAGGUCCAAUGAAAAAGGAAAACGUGGCGCCAGGAACAAUCUACCCCGUGCUUGAAAAGCUGACGGCUUUAUUACCUGAACGCCUCAGGAAGAAGUGCUGCUGUGAGACUCUUCAGGGACGAACGCCCGCGGCCCAGCAGAGGUUUCCUCCGAAGCCAGAGGACAGGAACGGCCUCGCCGUCCCGCCGCAGGAGGACAUGGAGAGUUUUCUCCCGCAGACUCACACCGAGUGGGAAAGUGCGGUGUGAGGCCGCGAGAGCCGGACGCCGUCUUCUCGCGGAUCUCCUGGACUGACUCAAGCGACGCACAGCGAUUGCGAAUCAAGUUUGCACCGUCAAUGUUUUAACGUCCUGUGAAGAGAAUCCGUGCUGCUGAUCCCGUUGGAACCGCUCUACAAUAAUGAGGUGUCCUGAGAGCACCAACACCUUUUCUACUUUUAAUUUUAUAUUUAAUUGUCUAAUUUUUGUGUGAGAUGAUGAAGCCUCACUUUUGAAGAAAGUCAUUUUUUACUGUACUAUAUCUGGAAGACACUGAUGCAUUUUUUUUUCUAAUAAAACAGAAGAGCUCUUAUUGUCA